UUUCUUUACUCGCACACAGUUUGCCACGAAGCAGCAGCUGUACUGUGGAGCUACAACAAGCUGUCAGCUAUGACCGCAGUUGGAGCUAGUAGCUAGUCAGUAGUUUCAUACUGUUUGUCGAGUGUGUUGCACGUAAGCGCGCGUUCGUGGCGUGAAAAAAAUGCAAGCGAAAUAAGUUUUCAUUAGAGCAAAUAAGGCACAGAGAUUUCCAAUUAAUAAGUAAUUAAAAAAAGUGUAAGGAAUUUUUUGAAAGGCAUAAAUUAAAUUACCAAAUGUGCUCUCACAACAAAGAAAAAAAGCCGAGAAUUGCUGUCGUGUUGUGACACUAUAAACAGUUUUUGAGUGCUUUUUAAAAAAAUUACUCUUCAGGCAUUGGCUGCUUUAAGGCAUUAUUUUUAAUUGCUGUUGCCUACAUUUAGGCAAAAGAAAGAUAAAUGAUGACAACUAGGCAUGAGCACGUCACGUAGAACAAUGUUGUCGCAGCAGCAAGAUGCCUGCAAAGAUGUAGUAAAUAAAUGAGCUUUUAAGGCAACCACCAGCACCAGUCAGUCUAUGUCAGCAGGUGUAACGAAAAAGAAUAAAGCAUAAUUAAAUAAAAAAAAAUAAAUAAAAAUAAAAAAAGAGGAAGAAAUGAAGCAUUGCCACGCAAGUGAAGAUGACAUAAAAUAAACUGCUGACAACAUUGAUAUAAAUGGCGUGUCAUUUAUGCUUCAAGUGAAAUAUUAUGCGAAAUAAGUAAGUGUUAUAAAUGGUGUAGCAUCGUUUUAGGCGUCGCACACAAGUGCACAAGUAUAAAGUGGCAAUAAUAAUAGUGCCGUAGCUUGAGUGGGUCACUGCGAGCUGCAUGGCGCCUAAAAAUGACAUGACAUGAAUAUGAAGCAUUGUAAAUCUGGCAUCUACAAAUGAAUAUGAGUGCUUUGGGAGGAAUGAGGAAACGAGAUUUUACAAACAACUAAAUGUAUUUUAGAAUAUAUGUUACGAACAUUUUCUGUGUUGAAAAAUAAUAAGUGUUUCGCGUAUUUAUAAAUGAAUAUUUGUUAAACAAAAAGUGUAUUGUGCCAAACUGGGGCAACGGUUUUCUAUAAAAUAUAAUCAGCUGAAAUAAUUUCGUCAAUUGCUAGGCAAACAUUAAUUAUUUUUUCGGGUAUUUAAUGUCAAUUUUUUUAACUUAUCUCACUAUUUGCACAUUUUGGAAGCUACCGAAUGUAGGCAACACAUUUCAAAGUCCCAAGCUUUGCUUCGCUCUGAAAACUAUGCAACGAUUUUCGGUUAAACUUGAAAUCAACUAAAUUUUGAUAUGUGAUUAGUGUGGAGUGAAAGCACAUUUAUAUCAAUAAUUUGCAUAUUAAUAAUGCUUUAAUGUAAAGAAAAAAAAAAUUAUGCACAAUAUUAAUGAGGAAAAAUUUAGGCUUGUUUUAAUUAACUAUUUCAAACAAGUGUAAAGACUGUGUUGAUACAUACAAACGCAUUGAGCGCAUAACUCAUACAAAAAAAUUUAAAUUUAUGUAAAAAAAUUUCUUUGAAUAUAUGAAAAUAAAUAGAUAAAAAAAAAAAAAAUUAAAAUUUCAAUUACCAACAAUACGUAUAAAAGGGUCAGAAAAUAAUUUUCAUGAAACAAUUCAAUUUACACCAUUUGUACAUAAGCAACCAAAAGCAGAAUCGCGGCUUACCCGCCAUCAAAAUCGAAAAGUAGCACAGUUGUGAAUAAAUGGUGCCGAAAAAAGUGAACAAGAAAAAAAAACCGUAAAACUGUCACGCAAAGAAAAUUGAAAAAAUAAAUUUGUGCAUAAAAACACAUAAACAAAAAAAAAAUAAAAAGGAAAAUAAAAUCACGUCAGCAACAGCAAACCAGAUAGAAGAGGUAAAAAAAAAUAAAAAAUCACACCUACAAACAGCCACUCAACGGUAGCAGCAGAAGCAGCCACAAUACCACUUCAAGUAGCGAGUUAAGCGUUUACAACGCGACGCCCAGAAGUAGGCAACAACUGUGGUGCUAGCGUGGUACUGUGAAGGGGUGCCUUUUUGUUACACCUGCCAGCCAAGCAGUCUAACGGUGACUGCCCGCAUAUAACGAGCACACGACUUGUUGUUGUCAACAACAACAUAUACACACACACGCAGGCACAUACUAAAUUGAACUCGCUGUGAAAAAAAGCGCAGAAAGCGAAUAAAGUGUGCAGUGGAAAACAUUUAGUGUGAAAGUGAGAAAGAGCAAAAAGCAGAAAAAAAAUUAACGAAUAAAGAAAAACGUUUUGCGUUAUUAGUCCCGUGAGUGUUUUUAGUGAAGAAAAAUACCAUUUUUCUGGUAUUUCACCGGCACUAAUUUGAUGAAAUCUUUAGUUGGGCAUUUUUUUUUGGAGUGCACCAGCCAACAAACCGGCCAACCAAACAGCACGGUCUGUCAGACUCAAUUUUGAAAGUUCUAAAUUUUUUUUUUGCACCACAGCGCCAUUGGCCCGUUUGUGUCGAGCCAUUAGUUAAGGUUGGCAGAAAAAAGGCAUAAAAUAGCAAAACAUAAGAAACAAAAAAAUUGAAAAAAAAAAAUUAAUGAAAGGCGAUGUUAUGGCAUUCGAAAUUGUGCAGAAAAGCAUUGAAGAAAAAUUGAAAAAUUAAACAGCAACUAGAAAGUGGACAGCCAAGGCACUCGUGUGUGUAGCUGUGGGUGGAGACUCAGCUGAUAAACUAACUACUUAACCGCCAAAGGCACUAAAUACUAUUUGGGGAUGUGCGUUAUUUUCUGGAAAGUCAGCACUUCAAACGAACGCAGUUUUUGUGUGUGUGCGUAAAAUACGAAGCGCUUAUAAAGCGGGCUGCGUUGUAAAUUUUUCAAUUUACUAAAAAUUUGCAUUCCACAUAAUUAAAAAAAAAACAAGGCUCUCACAUAUAAUCAAGUAAAAUUAUACAUUAGCAAUGCAGCGCUUGAGCGGCUUUUUCGUUUUGCGCCUUCUAAUUCGUGGCAAUUAAAGGGAAAAAGCCAGCGCCGGUUACAACGAAAGGCGUCAAGGUGUGCCAAAGCAGUUUUGGAAUUAACAUCAAAUCAAAACCAGAAACACACACACACACACAUACACAAAUACAACUAUAGAGCAAAAUGUGUGCCCUACGCUUGGGGCGCUUUGCCAUCGGCCCCUUUAGCUCCGUGCUGCAGCUACUCUUUCUAUUGGCAGCCAUACAAGAAUCGCUGAGUUCAUAUUCAACAACGACUUCAACAACGACGGUUUCACCAGCGAAUCUCUUGCCCUACUUUGACUUCGAUGUACCGCGUAAUGUAACGGUGACUGUAGGCCAAACUGGAUUUCUGUACUGUCGCGUCGAGCGUUUGGGCGAUAAAGAUGUCUCCUGGAUACGAAAACGAGACUUGCAUAUACUGACAGCUGGAUCGACGACCUAUACUUCUGAUCAACGAUUUCAGGUUUUACGCCCGGAAAGUUCGGGUAAUUGGACACUUCAAAUAAAAUAUCCACAACAACGUGACUCUGGCAUCUAUGAAUGCCAAAUUAAUACUGAGCCCAAAAUGUCGCUCUCUUACACCUUCAAUGUGAUUGAGCUUAAAGCCAACAUAAUCGGCCCGACAGAUUUGUAUGUGAAAAGUGGCAGCGAUAUAAAUCUAACAUGUCGCAUUAUGCAGGGACCGCAUGAGUUGGGAAAUAUAUUUUGGUAUAAAGGCACUGAAAUCAUUGACAUGUCAGCGAAUUUAAAUGAGAUCGACAGUGCGACGCGGAUUAGUGUCGACAAUGAUUGGACAGAUGGAUUGACGUCAAGGUUGAAAAUUCGUCGCGCAAUGCCCGCUGAUACGGGCAACUACACAUGUGUACCAACGAUAGCGAAAUCGUCCUCGGUUUAUGUGCACGUCAUAAUAGGUGAGCAUCCUGCCGCCAUGCAGCACAAUUCGAGCAGCAUGUAUAGCGGUAAUUUCUACUGUAGCAUUUGUUGCAUGCUCUUCACUAUUUUCACAUGUUGUUUGCAACAUUUCCUCGCAACAACAACAGCAGCUGCUACACUACUAACCUUGGCCACUAGGAGCGCCAAUAAGUGUAGCAAAAGCAGAAGCAGCAGCAGCCGCAACAACAACAACAUUGACAGCAGUAUCAGCAGGAAUGCGAAUGCUGGCGGCAGCGAGAGUCAAAUGACGCUAGCGUCAGCGACAAAAUGUCAGUGCAGCAAUUGCAAUUACCAAAGCCACAGCCGUAGCCACAGCUGCAGCCACAGCCCAAGGCGCAUUUGCAUUAGUGGUGCAACCGCAAGCAGAAGCAGAAGAGAAAGAAGAAGUUCGCAUGCAACACGCGCACUCAGCGAAAUUACGAGAUGAAGAUGAAGUUGUGUGGUCACGCAUAUAAACAC